UCUUUUGAAACAUGGUAUAAAUGAGGGAUCCUGCUAAUUGGUUUUGUUAAUUGCUCUCUAUUCCACUUGAACGCGAAACACUUAAGUAUUAAACAAACUCGUUCUAAAUACAUUCUGCUUCUGUAAUGGCUUCCUCUUACGCACCAUUCUCUGCAGUCUUCAAUGGCUUCGCUGCAACCAAACCCAAUCCACCUCGAAAUUCGUCGGCUUUUCUUGCCCCUUCAAAAAAUUUCUCAACGGAAACAUCAAACUCUCGGAAUCUGCGAAAUGGGGUUUCCCUGAAAUCUUCGAGUAAUCAUGGGUUUCGAUUCAAGUCCAGAAAUUUCAGCGUUUAUGCAAGAGCUGCUUCAGAAAAGACUGUUCACGAUUUCACUGUUAAGGACAUAAAUGGGAAGGAUGUUUCAUUGAGCAAAUUUAAAGGAAAGCCUCUGUUGAUCGUUAACGUUGCUUCAAAAUGUGGUUUGACAUCAUCAAACUACUCAGAGCUUUCACAUCUGUACGAGAAAUACAAAAACCAAGGAUUUGAGAUUCUAGCUUUUCCUUGCAAUCAAUUUGGAGGUCAAGAACCUGAAUCAAACCCGGAUAUCAAGCGAUUCGUGUGUACCCGAUUUAAAGCGGAGUUCCCUAUAUUCGAUAAGGUUGAUGUCAAUGGACCGAGCACAGCUCCUAUCUACCAGUUCUUGAAAUCAAAGUCUGGUGGGUUCUUGGGUGAAUUCAUCAAAUGGAAUUUUGAGAAAUUCUUGGUUGACAAAAAUGGCAAAGUUGUCGAAAGAUACCCUCCCACGACUUCUCCCUUCCAAAUCGAGAAGGAUAUCCAGAAGUUACUUGCGGCAUAAAUAUACUGUUCCCAUGUGUGCAUCGUAAUGCAUAGAGCGAGAGAGAUUAGUUGUUGUCUUAAUAAACCCGUAAGUGUGGUACACACAUUUCCCGGUUUAUUGUUGGUAUACCAGGGAAGUCAGAUGAACAUGUACAAUGUUUCUUAUUCUUCUGUUACAGAAAUGAUAUUAUACAUAUAACGA